AUGACAUCAGUAGAAUUCCAUGUUCAAUACUGGGUCCUCUCCUUCGUGUCUCUCCUGGCGCAGCCGCUUCGCCCUUUUCUCAAGGAGCUUCUUUCCGCCGAUGAUGACGCACAGGGCAUCUUUGAGCUCGCCGCCUCAUUCUACAGCCUCUGGGUUAUCCUUUAUAUGAUCGAAAUGAGGGCGCGUGCCCUGUACCGACCGGAGGCCCACCCGCCGCACCAUUGGAUCUUUGAAGCGGGAACGGCGCUCAUGUGUCUGAUUGUGGGAGAUUUGGCUUUAUGGGCAGGCGGUGUUGCCGAAGAAGGGGUACGGGAGAAGCUUGUGAGGGUGUUGGCAGCGUUUAUCUAUAUUGGAGCAGUUGAUCCGGUCUGGAACCUUCGGCACAACUCUAACAUGAUGCUAUUUGCAAGGGCAACGCCAAAGAGAGUGGCUCGGAAUGCGGUGCUUUCGGCUGCUUCCAUUGGCGCACUGGGUGCUGCAGUGACAUUGGUCGUGUUUGCCUGCACCCGCAAAUGGCUGAAUGUUAUCGAGUUUUGGUUUGGAGCCACGGCUACACCUCACCAGGUCGUUGUCUUGUUAUGGCUUCUUGCGCCAUUCGCGGACAUGGGAGAGACACUGUACUAUUUGCCCUAUUUGCUUUUUGGGGGAUACAACUCGAACAAUCAUUGCGUGUGGCAGGUGAUGGCGUAUGGACCGCUGUGGAAUGCCAUGAUGCUGGAAAGACUGUGGGCGGUAUUCUGGUUCUCGACGAUGCUUUGCGGCGUGAUGGCUUACGAGGUGGUGAGCGGAUUGUUGGGGAAUGUGGAAGCGUCUGUUUGGAAGAGCGCUUGGAAGAACAUUUGGAGGUGGAAUGAGACUUAUUUGGUAGCCUAG